UGGAAUCAGCUGAUUUUUGCAUCCGGUCCGAUGUUCGACAUUUCUCUUUCCGGUUCAUCCAGAUCAACGUUCCAGUGUUUGGAAGACUGACUGUAAAGAUGGUAGAUGAAGCUGGUGACAGGGAUGAUUCCUCGAAUGUUGCCAUUAUUAGGGAGGUAUAUGAUAACGAAAAUGCACAUGAAACAUUUGAAUAUGAGUUAGAAAGAGCCUUAGAGUCUGAGUGCAGCUUAAUCGUUAUCGAACCAUCUAAAUUAGGUGAUGAAACCUCAAGAUGGAUAGCAGUAGGAAACUGCCUUCAUAAGACUGCAGCAUUGUUGGGCCUUGCAGCUAUAACCACAGGUCUGGUUUGGGGUGAUCGGCCUUUCAUCUGUGGUCCACUAGGUUUUAUAUCUGUAAUAUCUUGUGGACUUUAUACUGUUUCAUGGCAAUUCGAUCCCUGUUGCCAAUACCAAGUUGAAACUGACACAAGUAAGCUACCCCAUGUAGAAUUGUUAGCCGUUUUAGGCCCAUCAUCUCCUACAUUUCUUGUAAGAAAAGAUGACACAAGAAGAAGAAUUCUCCAUACCACUAUUACACUUGUUGCAUUGGGCAUCAGUGCAUGGAGGGUUUACCAGGCAUUUAAGUGAAAUGAUAAAUGCCUGAAAAGAAAUAAACUAAGUUGUAAAAAGCAGUAAGGUAGGCCAUGCGAUGUAUUCUACAUAAUCGUAAUAAGGCCUAGCAUAGAAAUCUGUGAAUUAAAAAAAGUUACAGAUGUUUUCACAUAUAUUAAUGGGGAUUGUUGAGGCACAUAAAAGAUCUGUUUUCAUUUAAUGUUUAUAAUUUUUUUUUUAAUUUUUUGACUACCUCAGGUGAAUGCUGGUUUAACAAUAGAAUGGAAGAUAUAAAAAGACGUAAAAAUUAACCUAUUCUAUGAACCUAUUCAUUAUAAAAGCUAAUGUUUCUUAAAGCUCCACAUUGUUACUCUAUGAUCUCCAUCUUGUUGGAGAUUAUCAGUUAAUUUUAAUACAAAGAAAGACAUGAUUGCUUCGGUGAAACAUCUACUGAUAUAAGUGUUCUUAGAGUUACACAAAAUACAACCAUACACCUGGAAAGUUGAAUUUAGAAUUAUAUAUUUUUAGAUUGUAAAUAAAAUAGAUAGAAUACACUGCAUAUGGUACACCGACAAGAAUGUUGCCUAGAUUUUCUCACCCAAAGGUACAGCCCACAUUAAAAGAAAAUAAUGUCUAUAUGAAACCUUUUAAGGAGUAUAUUCCUUUAAUCUUGCUAUUUAGCAAACAUAUUAAUUAGCAUAAUACACAGAAUUUUUAUCAAUUACGUAAGACUUUUAUUAUGCAAUACACAAAUACAUGGAAGAUUAAAAAUAAAUGUCACAAACAUUCCUGUAAGUGAGCAUAAUAAUAAAGGUUAUGUAAUUUAUUAUGAUAAAAUUUUUCCAAAAACUUGCAGUCUAUUGAUAUUCCAACAAAUCCUUGCAUGUGUUUGUAUACACAUUAUAGAUCUGCUUAAUGCAUAACAACAUGUGUAAUGUAUUUCAAACUUGUUUUGACAAUUUCAAACGAAACAAAAACUAAGCAACAUCUUUUACAAUUAAUGUGUAGCUAUAUAACAGCCAUAGCACAAAAGUUGCCACCUACAUCACAAAUAAAAACUCUACUACUUUAAAGACAUUAACUACUGUAUACACUUUUUCAAGAUAUAUAAAAAUAUAAAAGUUUACUUUAGAAAUUGUAUGUUUUGUAAUGUUGAUUUACUUCAUUCAGACAUUAUGAAAAAAAACUAUGGUACAGAAUAAAAAUGAAAGUAGGUAAAAUCAGCAACCAUGGAAUACUUUAAAUAAGAUUAAAAGUUUAUCCUUUUUCCACAGCAUGUGUUCAAAAUUCAAUUUAUCUACAUUAUUACUGUUGUUAUUAAUCAUUUCAUGUAUAUUACAAAUACAUACUUUAUUAUAGUCGUAUGGAAAAGUGAGUGAUUGUAAUACAUUUAUUUUUAAUAAAAUUAAUGUCAAUUAAUUUAUACUACAAUAAUCUGAAAAAUUAUACAUAAAAAUUUGAAACAUUACUAAUGAAUAGAAAAAGCACAAAUAAGUGUUCACAAUCCUGCCAUGACAACAAAGUUCGUACCAAUUACUGUAUAUUUUGUGCAACAGUGUACAUGUUUCAAUUACUAGCCAAAUAUUUAUCAUAACAGUAUAGGUUUAUUAUUCGAGAUGAUGCAUAAUAAACUAUUAACAGUCAGUAAUAUCGUAUUUCUGAUAAUUUGCGUGUUAGAUAGAUUCAUUGUUGUGUCAUUUAUGGCUUGGAAAGAUUUAAUUGUUCAAGAAUCUUAAGCAUUUAUUUUGUACUUACUAGAAAACAAAAUUUCAGCAA